AAGUAUCUGGGUGAGCCUGUUGAGCAGCAAUUACUGUUCUAUAUACCUAAUAAGCAAUAUUGGAACAUCACUGCAUUCAUUCGAAGACUGGACAACACAAACAGCUUUCACAUGCGGGUUCAAACGUACUGUGUCAAUCCGGCUCAAAGAUGCCCCCAAGAUUGCAAUGAAGAAGCUCGCCCACCCACUUGUUGUCAAUGCAUGGAACCAUGGAAAAUCUUUCUCAUUUGUGGUUUGAUGUGCGCCCUCGCCACUGCCAUUGGAGUCAUGACCACUGUGUUUGUUUUAAUGGACCGACUUCCAGCAAAAAACAACGAUGGAAAUACUGUAGAUCCCGGCGUCCAGGCUACAGCCCCCUCCACAACACAGUCCAGUGAUCCGAGGACUUGUUCGGAAUAUGUUUUUUCUCUCUCUAAAAUAAAGAAUGAGACGUUUGAGGGAGGUGGGAUCCAAUGUGCGAAAUACAGAGAGAACCAGUUGAAUUAUACAAGUUUAGAAGCGCUCAUUUUUGGAACAUCCAUCCAUAAUCAUCAAGCCGGAAUAUCCUUAUGUAUUUUAUAUCUAAAACCCGGAGGGCUACGUGUCCCCCACUGGAAUCUGCAGGCCAAUGUUCAUGGGUUUGUCAUCCAGGGAACAGUGUGGAUCGGAAUAAUAGAAGGAGGAACGGGAUCAAAUAUAAGUGGCAAUGUUGUGACAUUCACCGUUACAUGUGGCCAGGUGUUCUUUGUGCCCAGGCUCAGCAUACAAUGGAUAAAGAAUAUUGGCAACACAGAGGCCACUGUGGCUCUUUAUUGUUCAACUUCUGAGGAAUUUUUCACCACCGAGCUGGACGUGUUGUUUUCUGAAACUGAUGAGGAUAUACUGACGAGGACACUCAGGCCCCUGUCUGGAGUGGAUUUCAUUCAAGCUUUGAAACGUAACAUUUCUCAACCUCAAAUAAUUACUCUGGGUUCCGUCCAAGGAGUCUACCCCCAAUCUCCACCUAGCAUUGUCUCCAAGUAUUUUUUGGACAUGGAAGGUGAAAGGAAAUUAGUGUAUAACAAUAUAAUAACAACAACCAUUGCUCGCUACUAUGACAACACUACAGAACUGACCCAAUAUACCAUCAACUACGGCAAUUCCAUAUUCUCCUAUCCAAAUACACUUAGCUUGGGAGUGGUGACCCUAAAGCCAUUUGGCCUCCUGGGACCAUAUUAUAAUCUAAAUGCACAUGAAAUGGCCUAUGUACUCAAAGGUUGUGGAAAGGUAGCUAUCUCUGGCACAGAAUGUGAUGUUGGUGAAGGGGAUGUGAUCUAUUUCCCUAUCGGGAUUCCGCAUUAUGUAAACAAUACCUGUGAUGGAGACUUCAUAUUGAUUAGAGCUUUCAGCAUACCUGGAGAGGUAGAAAUGUUGUUUAUGGAUUAUUAUUUUCUCACCAUACCAGCAAACAUCAUUGCUGAGCUCUUCCAUCAAAACACGAGCGUUUUAGGACAACUUCCUGCUAUCAGAUAUAAUGUUACCUAUUUGUUUUACUAUGGAAAUAUUUGCAUUGUGCAACCUGGAACUCCAAAGACAACAUCAGCCGGCCCAACAAUGAAAACAACCACAGCAGCAACCAUUUCUUCUAAAACUACAAAUGGGGGUCCAGUAAUACCUGUGAUUACAACACCAACUACCACAACAGUCCCCACCACAGCUACAUCAACACCUGUUACCACAACAACAAUCCCCUCAACAACACAGACUACUACAGUAACAUCGACUAGUACAACUGCCCCUACAACAACACCCGUCAUAACCACAACAAUUCCCUCAACAACACAGGUGACUACAGUUACACCGACGACCACAACAGUCACCACCACAGCUACAACACCACCUGUUACCACCACAACAAUUCCCCCAACAACACAGACUACUACAGUAACACCGACUAGUACAACUGCCCCUACAACAACACCUGUCAUAACCACAACAAUUCCCACAACAACAGAGGUGACUACAUUACCACCAACUACCACAUUUACCACCACAACUACAACAACACCUGUUACCACCACAACAAUCCCCCCAACAACACAGAAUACUACAGUAACACCAACAAGUACAACUGCCCCUAAAACAACACCCAUCAUAACCACAACAAUUCCCUCAACAACACAGGUGACUACAGUGACACCAACUACCACAACAGUCCCCACCACAGCUACAACAACACCUGUUACCACCACAACAACCCCCCCAACGACACAGACUACUACAGUAACACCGACUAGUACAACUGCCCCUACAACAACACCCGUCAUAACUACAAUUCCCUCAACAACACAGGUGACUACAGUGACACCAACUACCACAGCUACAACAACACCUGUUACCACCACAACAAUCCCCACAACAACCCAGACUACUACAGUAACACCGACUAGUACAACUGCCCCUACAACAACACCCGUCAUAACCACAACAGUUCUCUCAACAACACAGGUGACUACAGUGACACCAACUACCACACCAGUCCCCACCACAGCUACAACAACACCUAUUACCACCACAGCAAGCCCUCCAACAACCCAGACUACUACAGUAACACUGACUAGUACAACUGCCCCUACAACAACACCCGUCAUAACUACAAUUCCCUCAACAACACAGGUAACUACAGUGACACCAACUACCACAACAGUCCCCACCACAGCUACAACAACACCUGUUACCACCACAACAAUCCCCCCAACAACACAAACUACUACAGUAACACCGACUAGUACAACUGCCCCUACAACAACAUCCGUCAUAACCACAACAACAGAGGUGACUACAGCACCAUCGACUACCACAACAGUUCCCACCACAGCUACAACUACACCCGUUACCACCACACCAAUCCUCCCAACAACACAGACUACUUCAGUAACACCGACUAGUACAACUGCCCCUACAACAACAGCUGUCAUAACCACAUCAAAUCCCACAACAACAGAGCUGACUACAGUACCAUCAACUACCACAACAGUUCCAACCACAGCUACAACAACACCUGUUACCACCACAACAAUCCCCCCAACAACACAGACUACUACAGUAACACCAACUAGUACAACUGCCCCUACAACAACAACACCUGUCAUAACCACAACAAUUCCCACAACAACACAGGUGACCACAGUACCAUCAACUACCACAACACUCCUCACCACAGCUACAACAACACCUGUUACCACCACAACAAUCCCCCCAACAACACAUACUACUACAGUAACACCGACUAGUACAACUGCCCCUACAACAACACCUGUCAUAACCACAACAAUUCCCUCAACAACACAGGUGACUACAGAGACACCAACUACCACAACAGUCAGCACCACAGCUACAACAACACCUGUUACCACCACAACAAUCCCCCCAACAACACAGACUACUACAGUAACACCAACUAGUACAUCUGCCCCUACAACAACACCCGUCAUAACCACAACAACAGAGGUGACUACAUUACCAUCGACUACCACAACAGUUCCCACCACAGCUACAACAACACCUGUUACCACCACAACAAUCCCCCCAACAACACAGACUACUACAGUAACACCAACUAGUACAACUGCCCCUACAACAACAACUGUCAUAACCACAACAAUUCCCACAACAACACAGGUGACCACAGUACCAUCAACUACAACAACACUCCUCACCACAGCUACAACACCUGUUACCACCACAACAAUCCCCCCAACAACACAGACUACUACAGUAACACCGACUAGUACAACUGCCCCUACAACAACACCUGUCAUAACCACAACAAUUCCCUCAACAACACAGGUGACUACAGUGACACCAACUACCACAACAGUCACCACCACAGCUACAACAACACCUGUUACCACCACAACAAUCCCCCCAACAACACAGACUACUACAGUAACACCGACUAGUACAACUGCCCCUACAACAACACCCGUCAUAAUCACAACAAUUCCCCCAACAACACAGGUAACUACAGUGACACCAACUACCACAACAGUCCCCACCACAGCUACAACACCUGUUACCACCACAACAAUCCCCCCAACAACACAAACUACUACAGUAACACCGACUAGUACAUCUGCCCCUACAACAACAUCCGUUAUAACCACAACAACAGAGGUGACUACAGCACCAUCGACUACCACAACAGUUCCCACCACAGCUACAACUACACCCGUUACCACCACACUAAUCCUCCCAACAACACAGACUACUUCAGUAACACCGACUAGUACAACUGCCCCUACAACAACAGCUGUCAUAACCACAUCAAAUCCCACAACAACAGAGGUGACUACAGUACCAUCAACUACCACAACAGUUCCAACCACAGCUACAACAACACCUGUUACCACCACAACAAUCCCCCCAACAACACAGACUACUACAGUAACACCAACUAGUACAACUGCCCCUACAACAACACCUGUCAUAACCACAACAAUUCCCACAACAACACAGGUGACCACAGUACCAUCAACUACCACAACACUCCUCACCACAGCUACAACAACACCUGUUACCACCACAACAAUCCCCCCAACAACACAGACUACUACAGUAACACCGACUAGUACAACUGCCCCUACAACAACACCUGUCAUAACCACAACAAUUCCCUCAACAACACAGGUGACUACAGAGACACCAACUACCACAACAGUCACCACCACAGCUACAACAACACCUGUUACCACCACAACAAUCCCCCCAACAACACAGACUACUACAGUAACACCAACUAGUACAUCUGCCCCUACAACAACACCCGUCAUAACCACAACAACAGAGGUGACUACAUUACCAUCGACUACCACAACAGUUCCCACCACAGCUACAACAACACCUGUUACCACCACAACAAUCCCCCCAACAACACAGACUACUACAGUAACACCAACUAGUACAACUGCCCCUACAACAACACCUGUCAUUACCACAACAAUUCCCACAACAACACAGGUGACCACAGUACCAUCAACUACAACAACACUCCUCACCACAGCUACAACACCUGUUACCACCACAACAAUCCCCCCAACAACACAGACUACUACAGUAACACCGACUAGUACAACUGCCCCUACAACAACACCUGUCAUAACCACAACAAUUCCCUCAACAACACAGGUGACUACAGUGACACCAACUACCACAACAGUCACCACCACAGCUACAACAACACCUGUUACCACCACAACAAUCCCCCCAACAACACAGACUACUACAGUAACACCAACUAGUACAUCUGCCCCUACAACAACACCUGUCAUAACCACAACAAUUCCCACAACAACACAGGUGACCACAGUACCAUCAACUACCACAACACUCCUCACCACAGCUACAACAACACCUGUUACCACCACAACAAUCCCCCCAACAACACAGACUACUACAGUAACACCAACUAGUACAACUGCCCCUACAACAACACCUGUCAUAACCACAACAAUUCCCACAACAACACAGGUGACCACAGUACCAUCAACUACCACAACACUCCUCACCACAGCUACAACAACACCUGUUACCACCACAACAAUCCCCCCAACAACACAGACUACUACAGUAACACCGACUAGUACAACUGCCCCUACAACAACACCUGUCAUAACCACAACAAUUCCCUCAACAACACAGGUGACUACAGUGACACCAACUACCACAACAGUCACCACCACAGCUACAACAACACCUGUUACCACCACAACAAUCCCCCCAACAACACAGACUACUACAGUAACACCAACUAGUACAUCUGCCCCUACAACAACACCCAUCAUAACCACAACAACAGAGGUGACUACAUUACCAUCGACUACCACAACAGUUCCCACCACAGCUACAACAACACCUGUUACCACCACAACAAUCCCCCCAACAACACAGACUACUACAGUAACACCAACUAGUACAUCUGCCCCUACAACAACACCCAUCAUAACCACAACAACAGAGGUGACUACAUUACCAUCGACUACCACAACAGUUCCCACCACAGCUACAACAACACCUGUUACCACCACAACAAUCCCCCCAACAACACAGACUACUACAGUAACACCGACUAGUACAUCUGCCCCUACAACAACACCCAUCAUAACCACAACAACAGAGGUGACUACAGUGACACCAACUACCACCACAGUUACCACCACAGCUACAACAACACCUGUUGCCACCACAAUUCCCCCAACAACACAGACUACUACAGUAACACCGACUAGUACAACUGCCCCUACAACAACACCUGUCAUAACCACAACAAUUCCCACAACAACACAGGUGACCACAGUACCAUCAACUACCACAACACUCCUCACCACAGCUACAACAACACCUGUUACCACCACAACAAUCCCCCCAACAACACAGACUACUACAGUAACACCGACUAGUACAACUGCCCCUACAACAACACCUGUCAUAACCACAACAAUUCCCUCAACAACACAGGUGACUACAGUGACACCAACUACCACAACAGUCACCACCACAGCUACAACAACACCUGUUACCACCACAACAAUCCCCCCAACAACACAGACUACUACAGUAACACCAACUAGUACAUCUGCCCCUACAACAACACCCAUCAUAACCACAACAACAGAGGUGACUACAUUACCAUCGACUACCACAACAGUUCCCACCACAGCUACAACAACACCUGUUACCACCACAACAAUCCCCCCAACAACACAGACUACUACAGUAACACCAACUAGUACAUCUGCCCCUACAACAACACCCAUCAUAACCACAACAACAGAGGUGACUACAUUACCAUCGACUACCACAACAGUUCCCACCACAGCUACAACAACACCUGUUACCACCACAACAAUCCCCCCAACAACACAGACUACUACAGUAACACCGACUAGUACAUCUGCCCCUACAACAACACCCAUCAUAACCACAACAACAGAGGUGACUACAGUGACACCAACUACCACAACAGUUACCACCACAGCUACAACAACACCUGUUGCCACCACAAUUCCCCCAACAACACAGACUACUACAGUAACACCGACUAGUACAGCUGCCCCUACAACAAUACCUGUUACCACCACAACAAUCCCCCCAACAACACAGACUACUACAGUAACACCAACUAGUACAUCUGCCCCUACAACAACACCUGUCAUAACCACAACAAUUCCCACAACAACACAGGUGACCACAGUACCAUCAACUACCACAACACUCCUCACCACAGCUACAACAACACCUGUUACCACCACAACAAUCCCCCCAACAACACAGACUACUACAGUAACACCGACUAGUACAACUGCCCCUACAACAACACCUGUCAUAACCACAACAAUUCCCUCAACAACACAGGUGACUACAGUGACACCAACUACCACAACAGUCACCACCACAGCUACAACAACACCUGUUACCACCACAACAAUCCCCCCAACAACACAGACUACUACAGUAACACCAACUAGUACAUCUGCCCCUACAACAACACCCAUCAUAACCACAACAACAGAGGUGACUACAUUACCAUCGACUACCACAACAGUUCCCACCACAGCUACAACAACACCUGUUACCACCACAACAAUCCCCCCAACAACACAGACUACUACAGUAACACCAACUAGUACAUCUGCCCCUACAACAACACCCAUCAUAACCACAACAACAGAGGUGACUACAUUACCAUCGACUACCACAACAGUUCCCACCACAGCUACAACAACACCUGUUACCACCACAACAAUCCCCCCAACAACACAGACUACUACAGUAACACCGACUAGUACAUCUGCCCCUACAACAACACCCAUCAUAACCACAACAACAGAGGUGACUACAGUGACACCAACUACCACAACAGUUACCACCACAGCUACAACAACACCUGUUGCCACCACAAUUCCCCCAACAACACAGACUACUACAGUAACACCGACUAGUACAACUGCCCCUACAACAACACCUGUUACCACCACAACAAUCCCCCCAACAACACAGACUACUACAGUAACACCAACUAGUACAACUGCCCCUACAACAACACCUGUCAUAACCACAACAAUUCCCACAACAACACAGUUGACUACAGUACCAUCAACUACCACAACACUCCUCACCACAGCUACAACAACACCUGUCACCACCACAACAAUACCCUCAACAACACAAACUACUACAGCAGCUCCUACCACAACAUCAACAGUUUCACCUACAACUACUGACUCUACAAUAGCAGGUGUAACUGUCGAUAUUUAUGAUCCUUAUUAUUAUUAUUAGUUUGAUUAUCCUUAGUUACUAACCUCAUAACUUCUAGCCCUGAAGUUCUAAAACUGAAAAAAAUGGACUUUGCGUCUCAGCAAAUAUAUUCCACAGUAGCCCAUUAUUUACAACACUCACUACACCUACAAUGAUACCUGGUGUAUUCAGUAACCCCUUGUGCUCAAAAGAGAUUGGGCCAGAUUCACAAAAGGGAUACGACGGCGUUUCUCCUGAUACGCCGUCGUAUCCCUGUUUCUAUCUAU